GGGUCUCGGUGUCCCUGUGGGCUUGCUGGCCACACUCACUGACACUUUCUCUUGCAGGCAGCCCCUCCACAGUGGUAUCCUUCUGCUGGGCCUGGCCGGGCCUCCAGCUGCUCUCCACCUCUCCUUCCCCACCUCCUUCAGCCCAACAUGUCGGGACUGUCUCUGGGGGCAGGAGCUCGCACAGGGAUUAAGAGCAUAGCCCUCACAGGGAGAUAACCCUUCAUCAGCCGCCAGGGACAGUGGGGAAGGGGUGCCGCGUCUCCCAAGGCCAGGAGGUGAGGUCGAGGGCUGGGCUUGGCGUCAGUGUGGCACAUCCAGGACUUGGGACCGGUGCUCGAUUUUUCCCUCCAGCUUCUAUUGGCCAGGUUAGGCAGUGGCCUUCCACGGAGCUCCAGCUGGUGGGGAGGGGGUGAUGUCAAUUGAAAGGGUCACUUGGUGGGCAUGCAUGUGGGGUGUGUGUGCAGGGUGGCCCUGGGAGUAGGAGGGCUUCUUCUGUGCCCGGCAGCCUGUCCUGGGACCCAUGGACCCAUCAGGAGCAAGGUGGGCUGGGAUGCCCCCAUGGGUGCAGGUAUGUGAACGAACCCAGCUGGACCUGUGUGUAUGUGCGUGGCAACCCAGCAGGGGCCCUGGGAGGGCGCAGCUCUGCGAGUUGCCUCCUUGACCGCCUGCUCCCAGCUCUCCUCGGUGCCCCUGCAGAUGCUGCUGUACCUGAGCGGGGCCUUCGGCGCCUUCCACCUCCUGGCCACACUGCUGCUGCUGCUCUACAAGAGUGAGGGGUUGGGCCUUCUGCGCCUUCCACCUCCUGCCUGGCUGGCUGCGAGGGCAGAGGGCAGGGCCUGCCACCCCUACAUCCUGGCUACUCUGUCCCUGGGCUCUGUCAGAACGAGGGGUGUGGGCUUGGCUGGGGGCGGGGCCAUUGGCUGGCCACCCAGCAUCUCCUCUGUCCUUGCUCCAGGUCAGGUGUUCAGCUACCCACAGCGCUACCUGGUCCUCGAUCUGGCUCUGCUGGUGACAGCGGGGGUGCUGGAAGCUUUGGGGCUGUACUUGGGCACCAAGGGUAACCUGACAGAAGCCGAGGGGCCGCUGGCCGUGAGCCUGCUACUGACAGUGGUCUCAGGCCUCCUCUCCACCUACUUCCUGCGCUGGCAGACCCUGGUGCUGUGGGCGGACACAGCCCUGAGUGCCACGCGCCUGGCUCUCCAUGGCCUCGAGGCGGCCCUGCAGGUGGUCACCAUUGCCGCCUUCGUCAGCUAGACAGCUGCCCUGCGUCCCUGGCAGAGCCUCUGAGACCCGCUCCCCCCUGAGCCGAGAGGAUGCUCCUGCCGGGCCCCACCCCUCCCUCAGGCUCAGGGCGGCAGGCUGGUAGAAACCAGGGAGAGUACAUGGCCAUGGCCAGCAGUCAGGGUCAGGCAGGACCUCCUGCUGAUGAACUCCUCUAGAUCAUGGCCGUGGUAGAUGAUGGGUCAUCGGCUGAAGGUCCGGGCAGCUGAGGGCCAUGCUGAACACCAAAGCCCAGAGGUGGUUCGCUCUCAGGGAGGCAGGGCCCACCAAGUCACUGCCACAGGCCAGACACUCCCCAGAGGGGCUGCCCACGAGUUUGCUGGUGCUGCUGUCCAGUAAGGAUGGGCCUGUUCUCCCCCGAGCAUCUCCAAGCUGGCCCUGAGGGUGGGCCCAUCCCCAUCCCCGACUCAGGCCCCCAGUGCUCUGAUCUGUACUUCCCCAGUUGCCAGGCCUCAGUCAGCACAGGGUCAGAGGUCUACCUCUGCCCCCCUACCCCCCUGGGGGCAGGCAGCGCUGGGCCUGUCAGGCUGAGUUAGGGCAGAUGCCCCACUCACGCCCAGCUCAGCUCAGACGGACAGUGGCACCUGCUCUUUCCAGUGAGAGAAACAUUUCCAGCACAGCCUCAGCAGCCCCACCACCGCCCCAAGGAAAGGCCGGAAGAAAUGGGGACCCUCAGCCACCCCAGGGCCUUGCUGGCUCUGACUGGCCACCUAGAGCAGCCUGGCAGUGCGUCCCCAUGUCCAUCACGGACAGGCUGCACACCAAGCUGGUUCUGGUGUCCCCACUGUCCCCAGCGAGCCUUCUUCCUCUGGAAUCGGGUCCUGUUCUCCCCUCACCGAGUGCUUAAAUAAAGAAACGUUUGCACCA